GAUCAUAAGAUUAUCCUUAAUAAAGGAGCUAAGUUAAGCCCAGAACUAAUAUACUCUAUAGCGCCUAAGCACGACGCUAAGCUGCGGGAUUAUAUUCAGAAGAACUUAAAGAAGGGAUUUAUCCAACUAGAAUCAGGCCUAAUAGUCUCACCUAUUUUAUUUAUAAAGAAACCUAACGGGAAGUAG